AUGAUAAAGAUAACAAAAGAUACCAAUAAAUUAUGUCAUUACAAUCGAUUUUUAAAUAAAAGUAUUUUUGUUAGAAACUAUCAUAAUUCCAAAUCAAAUUAUUUUUGCACCAACAACGAAAGCAACCAAAAAAAUGAAGGUUAUCAAGAAGAUCAAAAAAAGAGAGAAUCUACACAACAAAAAACAGUAAAUUCAUUUUUGAGUUUAAUGGGAUCAAACAAAGUAAAGGUAUCAAAUACUUGGAGGGGUUUAAGAUUUUUUUGGGGUUUGAAAGAAGAUGCAUUAAAAGGUAUUGGAGGAGAAUAUGAAAAUAUCCUUAAUUCGAUCGAGGAUAAAACUCAAGAUAUAAUGGAUGUAUAUUAUAACAUUAUUGGGCAUGUUCCAUCUAAACAUUUAGGCACUUUCUUUUUUUAUAGUACAUUUACAAAUCAAAAUGAUCCAAGUGUAUGGAAUAUAAUUGAAGCAUAUUUAGAUAUUGAUCUUGCUAAAGAUUUUGUACCAAAAAGAUCUAUUGUAAUUCAUUGCAAAAGAAAUAAAGAAGAUGUUACAUUUUUUGAAAAAUUAAACAUCGAUGGUUCAAGAAAUUUUAUAAAGAAAAAUAUAAAUGAAUUUGAUUCAGUUAUAAGAAAAGAAAAUGCCAAUGCUGCAUCAACAGUUUUGGAGUUUAUAUAUUCAUCAAAAAAUGUUGAUAAUUUAACUUUGGUGAUUAUCCCAGAAAUACAAAAUAUAGAUCCAUUUGGAGGUGAAAAAGCAGAAAGAGAAGUUUAUUCAUUAUUUAGAAUUUAUAAAGGUUAUAAAUAUCUUUUCCCAUUAUUUAAGAGAUCAUCAAGAAGAGAGGCCAUAAUCACAGAAUCGUUGGAUAAAUUGGGUCUUUAUACAAACCCAAUUUUAACUUUUAGCGAAGAUGAUCCAAAAUAUAGAGAACUUAUCAUUGGUUCUUUACCACCCAGAAGCGAUAAAACAUUGUUUUAUGAAAAUAAAUCAACUUUUAAAAAAAUGCUUAAAGAUAGAAUUUAUAAAGUAUUCCUUAAAAAUAAUGAAAACCAUUUAAAAUCAGUUAUUACAGAGAAAUUUUUGGAAUCACACUCUAUCUUUAAAUAUUCAUGUAAAAAACCAACAAAAUUUGAUUUUUCAAAAAAAUAUUUUUUAAUUUGGUCCAAAGAAUCAAUUGCAUUAAAAUUAGUUUUAACUAAAUUUUUACAAAAUAAAUUAAAUGAGUUUUUUCAUAACGAAAUAGAUAAUGAAAAUCAUGAUAUUUAUGUCCAAAUUUCAGGAAAAUCAGUUAAAGAUACAAUGCUUAGUACAGAUAAAUUAGAACCAUUCAAACACAAUUUUGAUACCGAAGUUGACAAUAUUGCAGCAUAUUCAAGUUGUUUUGAAAAAGUUCUAGAUCCAUCAAUUGAUACAGAUAAAAGUAAACUUAUAUUGCAAUUCAAGGAUGAAUGGUUAUUUACAAGCCAAAGUUUAAGAAGUCCAGUGUUUAUAGAAUCAUUUAAAAAGGAUUAUUUAACAAUGUUCACAAAUUCAUUAGAUCAAAUCAAUGAAGUCGAGGGGAUCUCAUUUGAAAAGGAACAUUUUAAAUUUUAUGAACUUUGGAAUAUCCUCUUUAAAAGAAUUUUAUCGAAAUUAUUAAUUAGCGAUUUAAGUUCAAGUAUUCCUUACAUAUUAUUAGACGAGAUGGUUAAAGCAGUAGGAAAACAAGAAGAAGAAACAAAUAUCAGAUUCCUUCUUUCAGUUCAUUCAGAAGAGUUCAAGAAAAAUCUCAGCUCUGAAUUUGUUGAUACAAUAAUUUCAAAAGAGUUUUAUCCUUCUGUAUCUUUUGAAGAGUUUAGAGAAACCUUAAUGGAAGAGUUUGAUACACUAGACAGUAACAAAACCAUCAAAAUUAAAGGUUUUUCAAAACUUUGGAAUUAUAUUUAUUUUAAAGCAGUUUCAAAAAAAUUAUCGAGUCAAAUCGUCAAUGCUUCAUUUAGUAAUAUAAUAUCUCCAUUCUUCCUUAAUAUAUUAGAAUCAUACUAUGGUAAACAAUUUGUACCAAUUGAACUAUACGACAAAAAGCUCGAAACUUUAACAAAAAAUUCACUCUAUAUUAAACAAAAUUUGGGUUUCAAGUCUAAAAAAGAAAUUAAUGAUGAACAAAAUAAAAAUUGA